GCCAACACCAACUCAAUUGUUCCGCAAGUAGUUAAUUUCCUAGUUCACUCAGGGGCACACGCGUAAACUCCUGUAGCCAUGUCUUUCGAACUCGCCUUUCGUUGUCGUGUUGCCUCUAUUAUGGAAACUUUGACAGCAACAGCCUUGCAAGACAUCUGCCAACUUAUGGGCGAAACGUAUGCAGCUCUUCGAGUGGAAAUGGUGCAUGAACAAAAUCAAAGUUCGAGGACAAAAUUGCAGGCGAUGGAGAAUGGGACAGGGGUGGAGAAUCCAGCGAACUGCAUGGAUCGCAUUCAAAAACUCAGUGAGAUGAAAUAUCUAACGAUAGUUAUGCUAAUUGUCUGCAUAGGAAGUGGGGAGAUAUAUACAAUAGCUAACUAUGUCGCCUAGUUAGCAGUUGCCUAUUUAAGUCCGAGAGCGCUAUUAUUCAUGACGUCGCCUGAUCCUUCAGGGCUACUGUAGGCCUAUUGCUGUGCUCCUAUGUAAUUUCCUUAGCUUUACUGAAGGUGCUUUACAAAAACCUUCUAUUUAUCCGGUACAUAUAAGCCAUAAUGUGUGAUGGUUGCAUAUUUCCACUACAUGUUUUUGAAGUUUCAGCCUCGUAUAACCAACAUUUUCAGAAUCUCGAGCUGUAUUUGUGUUAGUUUCCCCGCCAGGUUUGAGAAACUUCCCAGUCGUGGAGCAAAUCCUCAAUGAACAAGAGGCCAAUGGUCUUUGGCUAGAAGGUGAUCCUACUGUGGAAGAUGAAGGUCCACCAUCACUGGUACCAGAGGGAGAAGAGCCAUCACAGGCUUUUGGUCAGAUGACAGACAUGGGGGUGGAGACAUGGCCUGCACCACCGGUCAUCAAACAGGAGGAAAUGGAUGAUGACAACAUGGAGUCUCAAGCGUACGACAAGUGGAUUCCAGUGACACACGUGGCCAAUCAGAAUAUCACAGGAGAAAGUGACGAGCAAGAGAGAAGUCAAUCAUCUGGUGGAUCCAAAGAACUUGGACUCGACGACUUCAAGAGAGAACAGAGUCCGUUGCUGGUGUCAACUGAGGAUGCUGCCGCGCCCAUAAAGAAAAAAUAUGAUAAAAGGUACACCUGUGAAAUAUGUGGAAAGACUGAGAACAAGAAAGCCAGAAUGACGAGUCACAUGCGAAAGCACACAGGGUUGCCCUUUAACUGCGAUAUCUGUGGCGAAAAAUUCCAGUGUCAGAAAUUAUUGACCAGACACAAGCGCUCCAAUCACUACACAGGGAUCAUCUACAGCUGCUCUGUGUGCGGAAAAACCUUCAUGCAGGCCGCAUCUCGCGACACGCACGAGCGUGGUCACACUGGAAAAAACUAUUGGUGCUCAGACUGUGGCGAGACGUUCAAGGAGCGCCAGGAACGCGACACACAUGAGUGUAUUGUUUACAAGGGAGAACGGCCCUUCAGCUGCUCCGAGUGCAACAAGGACUUUGAAAGACAGUACCAUCUCAAACAACACCAGCUGGAAAAACACCCUCUAAUGGUGGACCAGACUGUCAAACCUGAGUCCAAGGACAUUGAGGACCAACAGAGUCAGUUUGAGUCAGCUGAGAGUUCUGAGGCACCCACGCGUUUCACCUGUGACAUAUGUGGAAUGACUAUUAUGAAUAAAGGCAACAUCAACAGACACAUGUUAACACACACAAAGAAGCCCUUUAGUUGCGAGAUCUGUGGUGAGAAUUUCAAGCGCAAAGCCCAAUUUACCCGACAUCAGGGCAAACAUGCGAGAGUUGAGGAGAAAGUAGAAAAACCCUACAGUUGCACAGUGUGCGGAAUGACGUUUGUAUAUUCUAAAAUGCGCAUCAACCAUGAGCGCAAACAUAUUGGAGAAGACUAUUGUUCAGACUGUGGCAAGACGUUCAAGGAGCGCGACACGCACGAGUGUAUUGUUUACAAGGGAGAACGGCCCUUCAGCUGCUCCGAGUGCAACGAGGACUUUGAAAGACAGUACCAUCUCAAACAACACCAGCUGGAAAAACACCCUCUAAUGGUGGACCAGACUGUCGACCCAGAACCUGAGUCCAAACACUUUGAGGACCAACAGAGUCAGUUGUUGGAAUCAGCGGAGAGUUCUGAGGCUGAGGCACCCACGCGUUUCACCUGUGACAUAUGUGGUAUGAUUAUUAUGAAUAAAGGCAACAUCAACAGACACAUGUUAAUACACAAAAAGAAGCCCUUUAGUUGUGAUAUCUGUGGUGAUAAUUUUAAGCGCCACACCUGUUUAGCCAAACAUCAAGGAAAACACUCGAGUGUUGAGGAGAAAAUAGAACCAUACAGUUGCUCUGUGUGUGGAAUGACGUUUGUAUAUCCUAAAAUGCGUGACAACCAUGAAUGCAAACACAUUGGAGAAGACUUCUGGUGCUCAGGAUGUGACAAGACGUUCAAGGAGCGAGGGGAUCGCGAUGUGCACAAGUGCAUUGUUUACAAUGGAGACCGACCCUUCAGAUGCUCAGAGUGCAAUGAGGACUUUGAAAGGCAGUACCAUCUCAAAAGACACCAGCUGGAAAAACACCCUCUAAAGGUGGACCAGCCACGUCCCGGUCAUGACACUGCGAUGGUAGUACAGGGAGCACAGCCUUCAAAUGACAACGACCCUAAGGCAGAUAUGAGUACGUUAGGUGGAAAAGUUCCAGUAACAUAACCUGAGUUCAAGUUGACACAAGUGAAAUGGCUUCAACUGAAUUCAGUUGUUUUGUUAAGUACAGAAAGGAUAGACAUGAAAUUGAAUGAAGGGGUGACGGAUAGCGUUGGAAAUAGUGUGUAGAAUGGGUGGGAUUCAUCUCCGCCUUUACUGCACAACUAACUUCAGGCACCUGGAUAAUGUUUGACAGCCAUCUUUAAUAAUGCUCAUUUUGGGCCUAGAUUCGAUCUGGACUGUUACAGCGCGCUUCACAUUUUAAAUGACGUUUCCGAUUGAGCCAAAAUAUGCAGCAUUUAACGUGAAUAGGUUCAUUCCCAAACCACCCCCUCGCCCCUACCAACUCACUCAGAGGGCCCUCCGUUGUCACGUGCUGCUGUCGAAACUCCCGAGGGUGACUUCCAAAGAGAGGUGAGGGGAUCAAUAAACUGUCCACUUCGGGACACACUCGUGGGUAUACUGAUGAUUUGAUUACAUAGCAGGUUAGGAGAACUAACGCAGCCGGUUAGGAUCAUUAACGUAGUAGGUUAGGAAAAUGGUUAGAGUUAGGCUUAACUAAAAUGCUACUUUUUCGCUCAGACCCCAAACCCCCCCCCCCCCCCCAACAAUGGGGAAUAUCCUGCGCCCCACGUCUAUUUUCUAAGUAUAUUUCUCUGUUCACACUCUUGAUGCUGAGAAUUUUGCAGGUUUAAAGCUCAUUUUUAUUAUUCUAUACGUUUAGCCAAAUCUGUGUUUUCAUGUGAUAUUUGAGUGACUCAAACAUUACAGCAAUCUUGACUUAGAGUUGUUAAUCAAAAUGGAAUUGAGAACUAUUUCUUGUGACUCAGUGGGUUCAGUAACAGCAUUUAUUUUUUUAAGGUUUGUCAACUCGAUAUGUUCUUGCUUAUUGAGAGGAAUAAAAAUGUGUUCACACCUGUGA